CAACACAGCAACCAGCUCAUGUUUCCCCAAACAGUCUCACGUGACUCAUUCUCACGUACAAUGCGUGUCAUUGAUCCUAAUGACACGUUCACUCAGUGGACCCAGCGCACACCUGGCAUGGCCCCGGAGGAGCGCGCCAUCCAGAAGGGAGGAAGCAACACGUGAGAAUGUAUUAUUAUUUCAUUUCAAACACAAUCACGUUGGAAAGUGAACUUUAUAAAAGUAUGUUUAGCAUCUCAUAGAAACACGAAUAACGUUUUUAACGGGUUUUAACCACAGGUUUGAAAUAUUAACCCCCCUCUCUCCUAGAAAAGAAAUGGUACCGUCCGCGCGUGUCCGUUUCCGACACUCCGUUGCUAGGAGGCGGGAACGCUAGAAAUACAACGCAGUGGAAAGCUGCGGCGCUCGCGCCAAGAUGCCGGGUCACGGUGCGGCUCGACGGGCGCAUGUCGACUGGCUGCUCCGCUGCGUUACGGCUGUCACAACCAGGAGCUGACAAUGGCGUCCGAGUGCACGCAGGAGGCCAUUCUGGACUUUCUGAAGGCGCGAGGGGGCAAAGUGAAGAACGCGGAUUUUAUUGAGCAUUUUAAGGUCUCGUUCCCGGAGGAGCCGGAGCAGAAAGCUGCUCUGCGUAAGAAGUUCAAAACCUACGUUGACAACGUCGCUUUUGUGAAGACCGAGAGUGACGUGAAGUAUGUCUGCCUGAAGAAGAAGUUCCGCGGCUCCGAGAAGGAGCGGCUGGACGCGCGCGUUCACGCGGAGAGCGAGCCCGUCCCGGUGGUCCUUCAAGAGGGACUCCAUCACCGCCUGCCCGCGGGGUCGCGCAGCAGUGACGCGGCCUGGCCUCGCGCCUCACCUGGCUCAGGUUACGGAAAUGACAGCCAGGUGAGAGUUCCGCAUGUCAGUGCGCAGCGGGCAGCCGACGCGGCAGCAGGCGGCAGUGUGUGCGUCGCGGUGGAGGAGGAGGACCACGUGGGGGCCAUGGGGAACCGAGGGAGCUCCAGGAGGGAGAAGAAGUCCAAGAAGGAGCGCGUUGGCCAGCAGGUCCCCGACACCACAGCGCCGCCGCGCCCUGCUGAGGGAUCCGUGUUCAUCCUGCCGGGGCCUGUCCAAACCGGUUCUACGGGACUCCACCCCAGAGACCGGCCGGUUGAGUCUCGUUCACCGGGUGAGCUGGAACACGUCGGCGUGGCGUUCAGGCACUCGGCAGGACCCCGGAGAGGAGCGCCCUCCAGGCAGCCGGAGUCCGACGGGGACGACGGGCAGUCGGACGGCGAAGAGCCCGGCAGUCCCAAAGGACGCUGUAAGGACUCCCCCCAACCGAGGCUCAGCGGCUCCCCCCAACCGAGGCUCAGCGGCUCCCCCCAGCUGAGGCUCAGCGGCUCCCCCCAGCUGAGGCUCAGCGGCUCCCCCCAGCUGAGGCUCAGUGGCUCCCCCCAGCUGAGGCUCAGCGGCUCCCCCCAGCUGAGGCGCAGCAUGCUGCGUGACUCCGCCUACCUGUCCAGGGGCGACGGCGACUCGGCCUCCCUGGCCUCCUCCAACCCGGACGACGACCGGACCUCGGUGGCUCUGGACCCGCUGGAACACGAGUGGAUGAUGUGCACCUCCGCCGGGGACUGGGCCGACUUGUGCCCGCUCCUCGCCGCCGACCCGAGCCUGGUCCCGAGGAAGGACUUCGUCACCGGGUUCACCUGCUUGCACUGGGCGGCCAAGCGGGGCGAGCCCGAGCUGAUGGCGCUGCUCAUCGACUUCGCCAAGCGGCACGACGUCCCCGUCGGCGUGGACGUGCGGUCCAACGCGGGCUACACGCCGCUGCACGUCGCCGCCAUGCACGACCACAUGGAGGUGGUGAAGCUGCUGGUGGGGGCCUACGGCGCCGACGUGGAGGCGAGGGACUACAGCGGGAGGAAGGCCUGCCAGUACCUCACCGACGGCGUGAGCGUGGACCUGCGGGACAUCAUCGGGGCGUACGAGAGGUCCGACUCCGAGGACACGGACCGCGGGGCCGGAGGCCGCUGGAGGUUCUCCAAGGUUCUCCAGUCCAACCUGAAGCCGCUCAGGCUCCUCAACCCCAACGCCGCCGCGGACGGGGAGGCCCGGCCCGGAGCCGCCGUCGUCAGGAGGACGUCCUCGCUCGGCAGGAUGAGGCCCAAACUGCACAGGCUGCGCUUGAGGACGUCGCAGAUCGUCCACAGCGCCGCGCUCCGUGAGACGGAGGAGGGGGCCGGGCCCUUUACGUCCAGACCCAAGACCCACUUCUUUGGGUGAGACCAAUGCCCACCGGACCUGCUUCACCAGCUGGACUCGUCGCCUUCAGGAUGUUCAGCAUCUCAAAAUGUGAACAUUGUAUUUCAAGUAAUCAUCGAGCCUUGAAGAGGCUACGGGGUCAGGGCCCCUGGGCCGGGGUCUUAAUGCAGGUCACACGGGGUCAGGGCCCCUGGGCCGGGGUCUUAAUGUGUGUCACACGGGGUCAGGGCCCCUGGGCCGGGGUCUUAAUGCAGGUCACACGGGGUCAGGGCCCCUGGGCCGGGGUCUUAAUGUGUGUCACACGGGGUCAGGGCCCCUGGGCCGGGGUCUUAAUGCAGGUCACACGGGGUCAGGGCCCCUGGGCCGGGGUCUUAAUGUGUGUCACACGGGGUCAGGGCCCCUGGGCCGGGGUCUUAAUGCAGGUCACACGGGGUCAGGGCCACUGGGCCGGGGUCUUAAUGUGUGUCACACGGGGUCAGGGCCCCUGGGUCGGGGUCUUAAUGUGUGUCACACGGGGUCGGGGUCUUAAUGUGUGUCACAUGGUCAGGGCCCCUGGGCCGGGGCAGGUGGAUCCACUUGUGUUUACUGUGUGUGGAACCAGACUGGACCACAUUCACUGAGCUAUGGAGAAAGUGUAUUAUGGGAUGUAUCCUGUAUCAAUGGGGCUGUAACUACAUAAAGUAGCUUUGAGUAACUCCUCCAGCUGGUCUGAGGUCAGUGAUGUCACCAUGAAUCCUUUGGUUUCUCAUCUGAACAAAACGGCUUUGAUCUUUGAAUGAGACAUGAACACUGACCGGGUUACGCUUCUGAAAUAAACUGAUCACUGCA